ACCAUUGAAAUGUAGUUGUUAAUAGAUUUAAAGUGAAAGAUUUUUUUCUGUUUUUCUGUUUUUGUUUUCGAAUUUGUGUUCAUCAAAACAUAACACAACAAAACACAAUUGAAUCAUGUUCAAAUUGUUCACAUUUGUGUCGAUAAUGAUGAUAAUAAUGUUUUCAACUGCUGAAUGUCGAGUUAUGUUGAAAAAUAAUGACAACAACAACAACAACAAUUUGGAUCUAGAUUAUGCUGCAAAACGAUUAAGAUUAGAUAAAGAUACAUUAUCAUUUAUGAAUGAAUAUAAUCGUCAUGUUAGAAAUAUACGUAAAGAUGUAUUUAUUGAUACAUUCGAAAAAUCGCCAGCUAAAAUACAUCAAAGAUCCAUAUCAGAUCAAUCAAAACAUCCAUAUGGUGGUGGCAUUAAUAUGAGAUCAAUAAUGAAUGUAUUCACAGCAAUCGGUAUGAUAUUGGCGUUGAUAUUCAUCAUCAUCUUAAUGAUUAUGGCAUCGAAAGAAUUUUAUCAAACAAUCGAUACAGCGGUGGCUACAAUUAUUUGAUUUCAAUCACCACACACACACACACA